AUGCCGGAUGACUUGGUUCUCGCAGUUUUUGAUGAAGGACAUGAAAUAUUCAGAACGAACCAAAGGUUAUUCCAGGAAGUUCGUGCCCAGCACAAGUUGAUUCUCUCAGACCUUUCCCAGUCCUUCUUACUGGACAACAAUUAUCCUGAGAUGCGCCGGGUGAACCUCACGGAGGUUGUCCGUAGCACAAAACGAGUUGCCUUUGGAGCAAACGCAUUUCAGCUGCAAGAUGGUGAGCCAACUACAUGUCUUGGCACAACUGGCCCUCCACUGAAGUCAUUUAUUUUCGAGGUGCCCGAAGGGUAUGAUGGUGAUUUGUUUGCGCACUUUGCCCAAAACACAGUGGAAGCUCUGUGGUUCAUUCUGCAAAGGCACCCCAGCAUGCGGCUUGAUCGGCACGUUGCAUUGCUUGUGCCAGACGAACAUUUUCACAUGAUUUUCAAGUCACAUCUUGAGGAGCGCUUGGAGGCAGAUUUCGCGCCAACUUACAACAUUCAGUUGGUUUCCUUUGAGGAAUCUUUACGUUUCUUACCAGAGGCUGUACAUCAGGACCGGAGGGAGGAUGAACUCAUCCUCGACUGGGACACCAACGCCAAAGGGUUGGAGCAGCUGUUUAUCAUUUGCAUUGGCUUUGAUGCGCAAAUCACUGGUGACACUGACAAUUUCACCAGAGCGCGUCUUUAUCAUGCUAUCACUCGAGCACAGCUCCAAGCCAUUGUUGUCGACCGAUUCGUCCGUGGUGGUUGGUUGGAGUUUCUCAAUGCUUUGAAACUCAAAGAGACGACCUUUCAAGCGGAUGAUGCAAAACUGGAGAUCAAGAAGGAUGCAGCUCUCAAAAUAGUGGAAGAAACCACUCAAUCCGAAGCUGAUUCACGUCCAGAAGCGGCCACCAAGGCGCCUGGAGGGUGUCCACGGUCCAUGGUUUGCUCAAGGGGUUUCAUGAUCAUCAAUUUGCAGGAGCCUACGGUGGUUGAAGUGCUCCCAACUUCCAUUUGGGACACCAGCAGCAACAUGAUCAAAACCAAGAUUGCGAAGUUGAAAUUUGAUCCAAGGCAUGAACCGGAAGGACGAAGUGGCGUCCGAACUAGCAACCGCACCUUGGGUUUUCGGAAGUUUUGCAACCGUGUGGCGACCGAGAACGACGUUUUCCUGGAGCGAGACAUACCAGGAAUCAUCCGGAGAGUGCAUGCAAAGGCAAAGAUGCUCCGCGCUCAUGUCAUGAGUGGUCUUCCUGGUGGCAAGCAGAUCAAGCACAAAGCGCGUGCAAAUUUCCUUCUGGACACCACGAUCUCUGUGAACGAACACCGCCUCCUUUUCUCAGCGGCCUCUGCAGCCUGGCAAUCCGCAGACAUCGGCCCGAUGAAGGUGGCCACAGCCAAUGUUGUAGCCGUUUUGAAGAGUUUUCCCCGGCAAGAGCAAGUGGUGCAGCUGUCCAGCGUGGUCACAGAAGAGUGGUUUUCAGUCUCUAGUGGUUUUCAAUAUCUCGUCACUGCUCAGCGUCAACCUUUGUUCAGCAUGUUGUCCGGUCUUGACACAGCUGGAAAGGACUUGCCAGCUUUGGCCGAACUUCAGCAGGCAAAUGACAAUUUGAAGGAGAAGCUGAAAACUGUCGAAAGCCAGCUUUCAGAUGCAAGUCGGGAACAGGAGCUUGUUCGGGCUGUGCUUGAUGACCUAGAAGCCCGGAGGACUUUAAAGGCCGCCACAGCAUCCUCUGAGAGCUUGGCGCUCAGCAUUUGUUUUACGCCAGAUAUGCAUGGAAUCCUCUCAGGAAUCCUUUUGGAGCCACUCUGCCUUGGUCAUGCCAAGGCCAAGACACCACAGAUGAGGGCAAAGCUGUCGAGAAGAAGAACAGGCCGGACGGAGCUGCACAAUGCCGUGUGCAGCGGUGACAAAGACUACGUCCAGCAGCUCCUGAAAAAUCGCGCGUUUGUUGAUGCCACGGACAGAAGUGGCCGGACACCACUACACUUGGCCGCCAGUGAGCUCUCGGAACCCGUCAAAAUCAUCGAACUACUGCUGGAGGCCAGAGCCAGGACCCAGGCUGAAGACCUCAGCGGCCCGGAGCCUCAGAGGUUUCACUCCCUUGAAUUUGGCUUGCGAUUCAAAAUGCAAGGAAGCGGUGGCUGUUCUGCAGAGCGCCGCUCCUUGACUGGCAAAAUUUGA